AUGUUUAAUUGGUGCGGGAAUGUGUGUGGUGAGGCGCGGACGGUGAGCAUGCAACUCACAAAGCUUUGGAUUCAGUCGCUUGGCGGGACCUAUCAAAAGCAUGUCGGCUCGACAACGACGCACGUUUGCAUUGAGCCGAGCCAGUACUAUUCCUCGAGCCACGAUGUCAGAACGGCAAGGGCGAGGAACAUCGUUCUUGUCACUCUGGGCUGGCUAGAAGAUUCUUACGCCCUGGGCAGGUUCGUGGAUAGUUGCGACUACGACCUUGCUGCAUUGUGUGCACACGCCGCUCCGUUGCGGGGGUGCGUGAUUGCUUUCACAUCCAGCUAUCCGCGAUCUCGUGGCGUUCCUGGUUUCAAGCUUGUCGAAGAGAAUAUCGUCAAUCUGGGGGGAAUUUGCGAUCAGGCUAGCGAGCCUAUCCACACCCUGACACACCUUUGCGCGACCGAGGAGGAGAUUCGUCAUCAAGGCAUUUACGUGAGAAAUGUCCUCGAUCGGGCGAAAAGCGAUGAGGACAAGGCCUUCCAUCUCGUCAACCACCAGUGGCUUGUGGAAUGCCUGAGGCAGGGAAGAAGGGUAGAAGAGGACCUUGAUGUCCUGUCGCUGACCUGGUGA